CAAUAGGACCCAUCCACCUCACUGGUGGCCCCAGCUUGUUUGUUGAUGCAGCUGUAAGAGGAUUGCUCAGUUUUGGGGCUGCCAUUCUUUGCAAUGGUGGUGAUUCUUCGUAUGACCUUUUUACCUCAAAGAUUAUUAUAUUGGCCCAAAAUGAAUUGCAAUAAUGAAACUAGUAGAGAUUAGUUACAAGAGGAACUUUCUUAUUAAAAUAACAUUUCCAAAAGUCAAGCUGCCCACUGAGGCUCAGAGAUCAUAUUCGAUUGAGUCAACUCAAAGAGGAGACAGACUUUAAAUCUGAAUUUAAAGAAUAACCAAUUUCAAUUCAAGGAAGAAGAAGAUUGAGUAUCCAACAAUGAAGGUAUUUGAUAUCCUUAAAGAAACUCUCACAAUUUUUCACAAAAACACCAACUUUAUUUUCUUCACCAUUCUAACAUCACUGCCUCUGUUUUGUUUCUUAAUUUACUAUGAAACCUUCCUCCAAAAAUUCCUGUCUCAAAGUACUGAAAAUCUCCCAUUACCAAAAAAGACAGGUCUUUUUAUUCCUUCACUUGGUAACCCAUGGCUUUUACCAAUUGAUAUGUUUAGAAAUAUAAACAAGUACCAUUUUAAUGAGCUUUUUCAAAUGUGUUUUCUCUAUUUGGUACCCCUUCAUCUCCUAGAGUUCAUUAACUUAAUUUUCACUGUUGAUUUGUCUUCAAAAAUUUACAGAGAAGAAAAAGCUUUGACAUUUUUUGAUAUGUUUCAUCUAAGGAUCGAAAAAGUCAGAUUAAGAGCCACUUUUGUUACAUUUCUCUAUGUUGUGUUCUUAUCCACAUGUACUCUUCUCGGGUUUAUUUGGUUACUAGUAACCUAUUCUGCUGUUUUUAGGCUCUUCUUCACACCUGAAAGAAGUGGAAUUGUUUUGAAUAAUUUUGAAAGGGUAUCUUCAUUGGGAUUUAAUCUUUUCCAUCAUCUAAUUUAUGGGUCAAAUCUAUUAUUCUUGGUGAUAAUCUACUUGCCUUGGUGUGCUAUAUGGAACUUGGGUCUUGUGAUUUCAAUCCUGGAAGGGAUUUGUGGGAUCAAAGCUUUAGGCUCAGCAGCUUAUCUUAGCCUAAGGAAUACUCAGAAUGGAGUUGGUUUGGUGCUUAUUUUCACUAUUUGGGAAUUGGGUUUGAGGGCACUAUGCCUCUACUUUGGCUGCUAUAAAACAUGGUUUGGGAUUAUUGGUUUGAUCAGUUUGUUAUGCUUGGGAAAUGCAGUUAAAUGGGCCUCUUUUGUUGUGUAUUUUCAAGAUUGCAUAUGGCGAGUUUCUAAGAAGAAAACUGGUGAGGAACAAGGUUAAAGCAUUGUUUGUCUAAAGUGGCAAUUGAAUUGUAACAAUAGAUUAUUAAUUAAUUUUGUUUUGACGAGAAUUAAAGAUUUAUUUAACGUAGAGUGGAAUAUGUAUAUAGAAUUUUUUUUCAUUUUUUUUAAUAUUUUUACGGAAAUUCAUGUAACAACUCAUAUAACAAUUGAAUUAAUGUAGCAAUAUAAAUCGCAAUUUAAAUUC